GUCCCGAGAAUGCCAGUCUACGCAGAGCCCGGGGUCCUCUACUACCCUACCAUGACCGGUCCUCUGGCUCCGCCGCAGCCUCCCACCCUCGAAGACGGCAGCACGCCAUGGCGCGGCCCUACAAAGAAAGAUGUCGAGGAGCAGAACGCUAAGAUCGCGGAAAAGGUUGGAGCCACCAAGCCAGCUCAGUUGAUCCCUUACGAGGCUGCCGACGGACAGCAGUGGUGGGUUCGUGAACUCGACGGCUCCUUUACCCUGCGUACCACGAACGAUAUCAUGGAAAAUUGUCAGCCGGGUCGUUGGGCUUAUGCCAACGCUGGAUAUCCUUACUUUGUGCGCGCUGAAGCUCCUGCUGCCAAUUGAGUCGUUCGGCGGAUGAGAUAUUUGUCUAUGCUCUGGUAUGCUAGGCCUCUUACCUAUUAUGCAGAUAAUUAGAAUCCGUAACUGACUUUUAUCUCCCACACUCAAGAUGCUACAGACAUAAGCUACUA